AUGAUACCCGGCGGCAAUCCGCAGCUAUCCAAAUCGGUCAGUCGGCUGUACGUCGCCUCUGUUCUGAGGAAGGUUUCGACGCGGAGACAAGGGAAGAUAUUGCGGGAGAGGAUUCGGAGCUAUUGCUUCCUCCAUUGUCGCUCCCGUGGUAGUUGCAGAGAAGGCUGUUGGUGAAGAGGAAGGAGAGGGGACUUCCGCUGGUCUUCGCGGUGAAGAGAGGGAGGUAGAGUAAUGUGGCGGUGGCUCGGCAGGAAGGGACCCUCGGGGUUCUCCUCCUCUUCCACGGCGGAAGAGGUAACAGAAGGAAUCGACGGCACCGGAAAAGUUUAAAUCUCCCACUGAACAUUCUAAUGUGAGGAGAAUCACAAACCUGAAGAUUAUCGUCAUACCCUUUUCAUUCACAGAAAAGUUUUUUCUGGAUUAUGAUGUAUUUCUUUUUCCCUAACUCAUCAAAUACUUGGAGAACACACAGACAUGCCAUAUGGCCUUCCUUGUCUUCUAGGUCACUUCCUGUUGACAGAUCUUCUACUGGAGAACAUGAAGAAUGCAGCCGAAAGCAGUAACAUCGAAGGAAGGAUUGACAAUCUCUCAUCUAUGGCGCAAGCGAUUUCAUAUCUAAAGGGCAUUCGAUUCGAUAAGAUCAAUAUGAAGUCCAAGUAAGUAAUAUCAUCUUUCCUUAUCAUCAAGGUGCCGUGAUUUCGUAUCAAUAACCCAAGGAACAGGCAAAAGGGAGAUACUGUAUACUACGGUAGGCUCUGGAAUUUCAGACGGACUCUGUACUGCUUAGAUUCAGCUCUGAAAGGAGUUGGGUUAAUCCAGACAAAAUCUUUCCUUCUUUAGGGACAAAAAACUGAGAAACAAGCCCAGAAAAAUUUAACUGUGCCAUUAGCACAACUAAAUAAUUUCAUGCACAUGAAAAAAUAUCAUUUUCAGCUUCCCCUUGCUGUUUAGAUGCACGGUUAUGCCUCUAACCUUCUCACAAAGAUUGGAAUGCUCACAGAUACAAUACCGUCCUAGCAUAUGGGCAGUCAAAGUUCGCUAACAUUCUACAUGCCAACGAGCUCUCUAGACGUUUAAAGGUACCACACUGUUCAAAGUAUUCUUUGGCGAGGUUUGAGAACACAAUUUGGCUCAAUGGGUUUAUUUUCUCGAUGCCUUUCAAGCAACACAGAAGAACUUGAUACAACGAAUAUUAUCAUUCCUUGUAGACGAAAUUAUCCCUUUGAAAAAUCACGUUUCCCUUGCUCUUCACUGUGCUUUCGUGUUGUCCAUAUUUAAAUCAAGAACCUGUUGAAAGCACUGAAUUUUUUAUCUUUGAAAAUCAUUGAAGGCUGAUACCUAUCGGUUUACCCAUCUAAUGACUACGAGGGUGGUUGACUUUUGUUUUUGACAGGACGAGGGGAUCAACAUUACAGCGAAUUCAGUUCAUCCAGGAGUCGUGAUGACGAGUCUAUUCAGAUCCCACAGUACCACAUAUGGUGAGAGACCGAGCUCUUUUUCAUCCUUUCCUACAUUCCGUUCAUACGUCCUAACUCAACUAUGUGAAGAAAAAUACAUUCGUCGAAGUGUCAAUGGGCUGCACAGCCUUGACCUCGGCCUCGCAAUGAAACCCGGAAAGAUAGAAAAAGGUCCAGUGCGGCCCCAUCUCUCUCUCUCUCUCUCUCUCUCUCUCUCUCUCUCUCGCUGGUCGGAUUCAAAGGCAGGGGUAGGCCUGAACUUCACAAAGGUCACGCCCGGACGGAUUAUACCAGCUUUCCUCCGGACGAUAGGGCCCGUCAACAACAACCAUCUAUAAACCUUUUUUUCAGCCUCCAAGCAGUAACUUACUGAAAGCUCCCUUCUUUCUUCUGCCGCCCUGGUGCAGCCAUAUUGCUUACGCUGGGGCGACUUGUGAUGAAAAAUGUUCAGCAAGUGUGCGGCCUCGAGCUCUCCGUGUCUGUCUUCGUAGAUAAGGAAGGUUUGUCUUGACGUUCUCUCGUCAUCGGAGCGGCCACGACGUGCUACGCGGCUCUGCACCCCCAAGUCUGCGGCGUGAGCGGGAAAUACUUCGGCGACUGCCACAUCUCCAAGCCGUCGUCGAAGGCCAAAGACCAGGAACUCGGCAGGAAGCUCUGGGAGUUCACCGCGGCCCUCGUCGGCCCUUUAAGCAGCUCUCCGAGCCCUCCUCCUUCAAUAAGAUCCAAUCAUUGGCUCCAAUAA